CCGCUCGUUUAUAUUUCCCCGUUCCCCUGCCCCCGCAAGAACGCGCCUCUUCUCCCCCGAGCCAAAGCCCAAUUCGACGACAACUUCUGCAGCCACCUCUAUCUCCCCCCUCGCGCCCCGUCCUCGCUACAUGGCAGCUCCGCGUCUCCAGGGCCAAUUUGAUUCCGAACCCCUGAAGAACAACCCUUGCUUCCGCUUCUCCUGUCCUUGUCCUGAACCCCGCGCGCAUCUCGGUCUCGACGCAGCAGCAGUCCACGCCGGUCUCCGUCGCGCCCACCGCGUCCGCUCCUGAUUCGGGGUCCAGCUUCGCGUGACCGGACUCUCGCCGCACGGUUCUUGCGCCGUGGCGGUCUCUCGUCAUUCGUUGGAGGGUUGUGUUCUGUGACUCUGGUUCUUGCCGCGCGGUCUCGCCAUGGGGAAGAGUAAAAAGAGCAAGGUCCGCGGCGGCGGGGACGACCUUCUGGACACCAGCGAUAUCGACAGCGUUGGCUCAUCUUCCACGGCGCUGUCUGAUCUCUCGAUCUCGUACGCCACCGAGAACGUCAACUCCCAGGAGUUUGUUCUCGACAAGUACAUCGAUGCGCUCUAUGAGAAGAGGGGUUCUACAAGAGAGGCGGCAUUGGCUGCAUUGGUUGAUGCUUUUGAAAGUUUUAUGCUUGACGGUCUUCUGGAGAACAAAUAUGCCACUCUGCUGAGUCAAUUCAAUAGUUCCAUAAAGAAGGGGUCUACCAAGGAGGCUUGUCUGGCAUCCCGUGCCAUUGGGUUAUUGUCUAUUACACUCGGUGCUGGGAGUAGCUCACAUGAAACAAUGGCAGAAUCACAUCCACAACUUUGUAGGGUCCUUCAAACCUGGUCUGAUGCUUCAAAGAUGAUUGCUGCUCUUGAUUGCUUGGCUGUCGUCACAUUUGUUGGUGCAACUGAUCUGGCUGAAACAGAGUUAUCACUGAAAGCCAUGUGGGAUGUGAUUCAUCCAAAAUCUGGUUCAAAUGUUGGUAUUGUCCGCAAAGCAAAACCACCUGUGUUAGCUGCUGCUCUAUCCGCAUGGACAUUUCUGCUGACAACUAUUGGUUCAUGGAGGAUAAACACUGAUAGUUGGAAGGAGCCAAUCGCAUUUCUCUCAACUCUUCUAGGAGCGGAGGAUCGUGCUGUUCGAAUGGCUGCUGGUGAAGCACUAGCACUGUGCUUUGAGUUAAAUCUGCUUGAUGUUUCGUCUUGUGAAGAUGCUGAUGAUGAGAACGACACUGGUAGCUCGAAGGGCAAACUUUUCCUGGAUAUGCAAGCACUGAAAGCCAAAAUAUCAGGUCUUGCCUCUAAUCUUUCUGCGGAGGCAGGAGGGAAGGGUGCAGACAAGAAAAACCUUUCUGACCAAAGAGAUUUGUUUCAACGAAUCUUGGAUUUUGUUAAGUAUGGCGAGUGCCCUGAAGAAUCACUUAAGAUUGCUGGAAAGCGUGACGUUUUGAAGGUUUCAUCAUGGUCUGAAUUGAUUCAGUUGAACUUCUUCAAGCGUUUUCUUGGGAGAGGUUUCCUGAAGCACGUGCAGGACAAUGGACUUCUUCAAGAUAUCUUCAGUAUCAAGACAGACAGGGCUGAAACUCUGUCAUCCACUGACAAGAAAAUCUUCAGAUCUGGAGAAGAGAAAGGGAGAGCUCUCAAGCUGAACAAGGACCGCCGUUUGGCACAGGAGAGGAAGAACGCUGCUAUGUUGAAUGAGUAACAAGGAUAAGACACAGAACCUCACUCCUUCCUGCAUUUUACCCCUUCUAGCUAUCUUAUUGUAAUGCCUUGCUUCAGAAAUACAAGGUCGAAACGAUUCUUGAUCAUUCAGUUGUGUGCCUUCACUCACAAACUGAGCUUUCCUUUAAGGUUGGCUGAUUGUUCUGUUGUUACAUGUACCUUGUUGCCUGAAAUUAUGUGGUGAAACUACUGAAGUACUAGAGCUGUUGUUCCAGUUUGGCUCAUUAUUCAGUUAUGUUUCAUGCUCCCA